AUGAAACCAGAAACUUUAGUUAUGAAAAUAAUAGAAGCUAUGGAAACGAAUUCGCCGACUCUAAUAACUUACAACGGUAAAAAAGUGCAUAUAUCCCAAAAGAUUAUCGAUAAAUACAAACAUUGCAAAGUCAGAGACGAUAUAGACUUGGAAAGAAUUGAUGAGAAUUUAACUAAAAAAGGUGGAUUUUUACCUUUCUUACCUUUAAUCUUUGCUGGUUUAGCUGCAGCCGGUGCAACUGCUGGUGGAGCUGCUGGGAUAGCCAAAGCUGUCAACGAUAAGAAAGCUGAAGCCGCUGCAAACGCCGAAGCACGUAGACACAAUUUGGCAAUGGAAAGAGAAGCACGAGGAGGUUCGGGAGUAGGAGAUAUAUUAGGGACGAGUUUUACAAAUUCUUUUUCUUCUUCUGGUAGAAACGGUCUUCCACUUUCCGCUCUCGGAUAUUCACUGUCUAAAUCCGACAUGGCGGAAGCGUAUAAACCGUUAGCAUCAAAUGCCAUUAGUUUAGUACAUUAUAUUUUUUUAAGUCUCGAAUGA